AUGAUGAUGAUGGUGCUGAUGGUGGUAGUGUUCAUGUCAUGCUCGGUGUUGUUGGUUGAGGGACAAACGUGUGCAGCCAAUAAGAAGUAUCCGAAUAGUUAUACUCAUUGUGUGGGAUUGACUUGUGGAGGAACAACACCAAUGAUCUUUAGAAUUAUCUCAUCAUCAUCUUUAACUAGUAGUAGUAGUAGCACUUCAGAAGAAAUUGUAUUGAGAGGAGAUUUGCCUCUCACUGUUGGUUGUACAUGUGAUCCACUGGUUGAUAUUGGUGCUCGUUUUACUCAGUGUGAUAAUUCAACAAAUACUAAAUCAGCCUUCUACUUUUACAAACCACCUGCUGUAUGUACAGGAUAUGAAUUACCAACUCCAAUCAGUGGUCUUCCAUGUGAUUUGGUUUGUGAGGAAGGCACUCGUUUGGAUGUUAACUCAAAGAAGUGUUUACAUUGUGAGCCUGGUAGUUAUGCCCACAGUGGUGAAUUGUCCAUGAUUAGUUGGACUUCUACUGGUCUCGAUCUUGAUACCAAUACUGAAUCACCUGUUUUCCCACCACAAAUGCGUUCCUAUUGCAGUAAUUAUGCUUGGAGUUCAGCAUGUUCACCUUGGCAACCAAGAGGUGAUUAUGUUGACAGUGGUAAUAAUAGAGGAAAAAACUUUGCAAAGAAUUACCUUGAAUUUUAUGUUGAAAUUUCACAACUUGCUGUUGAUAGUGGAAAUGCUAGUGUUUCUUUUGAAUAUCAAGUUGAUGCUGAACAAUUUUAUGACUUUUUCUUUUUCGGAAUUGAUAGUACUCAAGAUUUCCUCAUGAGAGCAGAUCAACAACUUACUUGGAAGAAGCAAACAUUUAAAUUCAAUAAGGCUGGUUUCCACACCUUGAUUUGGGCCUAUAUUAAGGACAGUUCAAAGGAUGAAGGUGAAGAUAGAGCCAAGGUUAGAAAUAUUGUUAUCAAUGGUUCUGUUGAUAAGGAAGUUGUUCUCAGAUGUGAACUUUGUCCUAAGGGAUCUGCUUCUGAUGGUACUGUUCCAUGUCAAAAGUGUCAACCAGGUACCUAUGCUGAUGAAGAAGGUUUGGAUCAAUGUAAGCCAUGUGCUCCUGGAAAGACUUCUUUCUCUGGAUCUACAGAUUGUUUCUUGGCUGAUAUUCCUUGUACUUCAGCUGAUUAUUCAUACAGAUAUGGAUCCACUUGUGAAAAUGAUUUGAGAACUAUGGAAUAUUUCUGGGUUUCACCAAUCAUUUGUAAUGCAUCCAAUCCAGAUAGCGCUCCAUUACCAGCAUUAUCUAAUACUAAAUGCUCUGAAACACUCAAAUGUCCACUCGGUAUGAAAAAGUCCAUUCAAGGAAAUAUUCAAUCCUGUGUUUAUUGUGAACCUGGUUCAUUCAAUGAUCAUGAUAAUCGUAAUAAUAAUGAAACUGAAACUGAUACUCAACUCAGAUCAAUUCAACAUGCUGAAACUGAAUGUGAAGCUUGUCAAACCAAUGAAGCUUCCAAAUAUAAGGUUGUUCAUAUUUAUGAUGUUGUAGCUGGAAUUUCAUCACCAUAUGUUUCCAGUUGUACUGGUGAAUGUAUGUCUGCUAUUGGUUGGAGAGAUCUUGGUGCUGUUGGUUUGGAUUCGGGUACUAGUAAUGGUAAAUCAGUUGCCAAAGUCUUGUUCCAAAACAUGCCAACUGUAAGUAUGGAAGAAGAUGUUACUCCAUAUUUCAGUACCAGAUUGUUCCUUUCAUGCCCAGCUAACAGUGGAAAUAGAGUUGACUUUUUAAUUGAUGGUGUUGUAAGAAAGUCAGUCUUUUGUGGAGGAUGCAUUCCAUUCGAACAAGAUGAAAAUGAAAUUGAGGAAGAUUGGAUGACUGUCGAUGUUCCAUUAACCCUUACUGAACGUAAGAAGCUUCCAUUGACCUUUGAAGUUUACUUUGUUUCUGUUAAUCCUGUUUCUACUGUUAAUGAUACUUACAAUUGUGAUCGUGCUGUUAUUUCAAAGGUUUCACUCUAUGGUGUUGCCAAUCAAGGAGGUGCUGUAGUUUGUAAGACAUGUGCAGGUGGUAAAUAUCCAUUGUUGGAUGAAUGUAAGGAUUGUGCUGCUGGUUCUUAUUCACCUCCUGGUAGUGCCAGUUGUGGUAUUUGUAAUGCUAAUCAAUUCAGUUAUAAUGCUAGUGAUCGUUGUUAUGAUUGUGGUGAAGGACAAACUAGUGCUAAGGGAAGUCAAGCUUGUUCAUGGAAAGGCCAAGUUUGUGAAAAUACUCAUAAUGUUGGUGGUGCUGACAAGACAUUCAAUAUGAAUAAGUUUAGUGAAUUAUUAGGUGGAGCCAGAUUCUAUAAUCCAACCAUCCUUGAUGCCUCAUUCUACUUUGACAUUUGUAAGAAUCCAUCCUCUGUUAAUCUUCGUUCAAAUAUUUUCAAUUUCCAAGAACAGGAAUUAUAUGAUCUCAUUAAGCCAUUGAAUAGCAUGAUGGAAGUUGGUGAAUAUGCCAGUGUUUGUCCAGCCAAUUCCUAUGCUUGUAUCAGAUAUAGAAAUGGUCAAGUUGUUGAUUUUGGUAACUCUCUUUCCAUGACUCCAAUUCUCGAUAGCCACAAUGUUGGUGUCAAUAUCACUUUGAGAAAUUAUCAAAAUGUAUGCUAUAACAAUGUUACUGGAAGAGAUGGUCCAUCAAUGAUUAGUGUUAUUGCCAUGUGUACUACAGACAGUGCCACUGAAUCUUCUCUUGCUGACUCUCCAAGAAUUGUUGCCACUGACGACAGCAGAUGUAACUUCCGUUUGGAAACAUUGUCCAUUCAUGGUUGUCCAUUGUGUACUGAAAGCAAUUUCAAUCGUUUGGAAGGUGAAUGUUCCUCUGAAACAAAGACCAGAACAAUCAGAUAUGCCAGAAAGGAAGGAUUGGUCAAUAAGUGUGCCAGAGGAGAUGGUGAUUUGACCAAUGUUGUCAAGACUGAAGCUUGUGAGCCACUCUCAAUUACUGCUCCAUAUUGGAUUGUUGCCAUUGUAUUGGUUGUUGGUUUGGUCAUUGUCAUUGGUAUUUCAAUUGUUGCUGUCUUUUUAUACUUUAAAUACAGAUCUAUGGCUAAGAAGUAUUACAGUCAAAUAAGAGAUGAUGAUACAACUAAUCAAACUCUUUAGUGUGAACAUUAACUUGUGAAUAAAUGUAAUUAAUCAAU